UGUCGUUCCACUUCAUGAUUGUGUCCCACUUGUUGUUGAUUCUACACAAAAAAAUACAGUUUUAUAUCUUUAUGUUUGAAGCCUGAAAUGUGGCAAAAGGUCGCAAAGUUCAAGGAGGCCGAAUACUUUCACAAGGCACUGUACAUGCUUGCCCUAACACCUAUUGUUUUCCCUGAAACUGAGCCUGUGAAGUAAGGGAAUUUCUGGAGCUCAGUGGCAUGGCCCAUCGUCUGUUUGAAGGUAAGGAGCAUGCAACCUCCUACUGGAAGUACAGGGUCUCUCCCUCAGCUCAGCUCAUUGAAGAAGUCAUGUCCUUCCUAAAGAAAAAGAGGGGCGUGCAGCCCUGUGACCUGGCAGUAGACGUAGGCUGUGGGUCGGGUCAAGGGACCGUGCUCCUGGCCCCUCACUUCUCCUCAGUGGUGGGGACCGACAUCAGCCCUGCCCAGUUGGAGGUGGCCCAGGAGCACACAACCGCCCCUAACAUCUCCUACAGACAGUGCCAGGCUGAGGAGCUGCCGUUUGCAGACAGCUCAGUGGACCUGGUGACGGCCAUGUCUGCCUUCCACUGGUUUGACCGGCCGCGGUUCCUCCAGGAAGCCCACAGGAUCCUGAAGGCUAAAGGUUGCCUGGCCCUACUCAACUACACCAUGGAUAUGGAGCUUGACUAUGGAGACUGCUCCCACACACUCAACACAGUCUGCAAAGAGUUUUAUGCUGCACUCCUGCCCUAUCGUAACCCCUGCCUGGGCCCUUGCUCUGUUGCUCUUUACAAACAGUGCUACGAUUCCAUCCCCUACACAGACAAAGAGUGGCAGGAGUGUAUGUGGGUGAAGAAGUCCAUGACUCUGUCCAACUACAUGGGUAUGAUAGAGUCCUUUUCCAGCUACCAGGCUCUACUAAAGAAAGACCCAAAGGAAGCCAGCAGGUUGUCAACUGACAUCACCCACAGACUGUUGGCUGUGAUGGGGGUGACCUCCCCAGAGACUGAGCUUGUGGUUGGAGUAAGGUAUUUCUACCUGCUAGCCUGCAGGUCAGAUGACUAGCUACCGAUGGCUGACUGAGACUACAUUGUGUUCCCUUUGACACUGAACACUCUAAGAUGUGCUACUACUUAUCUGUCUUGAUUGUGUUAUUGACUGUACGCUUCUCAACUGUGUUGUUUGAUUUUGUCACACUGCUUUGCUUUAUCUGGUUGCAGUUGUAAAUAAGAACUUGUUCUCAACUGGACUUCCUGGUUAAAUAAAGGUGAAAUCAAAUUGAUGCAUGGUGAACAUGAGAAAUUAUAGAAUAAGUGAUUACAUUUGUAUUAUAACUUUCCAGAGAUUGGCAUCUCAUUUGUUAUAUUUGUCACUCUGGCUACAGUUUUGUUUACUUUACAAGCACACGAACCUAGCCCAGUGGUAUGAGUGAUACCAGAUUUUGUGUGUGUGUG